UCAAGAGUUCAAAAAAGCCAAGGGAAAGAUUAUCGUUUACGGAGUAAAUGAUGGCGAGUUUUCACCUUCUGCAAAUUCAGAAAAUCAACGACCGAACGUCGAUAAACUCGCGACAGCUAAUUUCGCGAAAUCCGUAAACUCAUAGGCAAUAAUUAAUAAAAUACGCAAAAGACAAUACGCGGUUCGUCGAUGAUCUGUCCAACGGAUAUUCUCCCGCUUUUUUAUAUAUACACUUUUCAAAUUCUUAUCGUCGAUAAAAAUUCUUCGAUGUAUUUUUCAGAUAACCAUUUUAAUUCCACCGUCCAUCUAUAAAAAGAAAAUAAGAAAAAAAAUAUACAAGUAUCACGCGUGUUUCCCACCGUCGCUACCACGUAUAUUUUAAGAACGUUUCGAAAGUAACUUCUUUAAACGCAAACUGAGCACACUCGCGUUUACGUACAGUGUUAGUCGACAAGCGUUAAACGAGAAAUCAAAAUACAUUUACUCUUUCGAACGUUAACGAAGAAAGAGGAUAAUUCGAGACGCGCGAUACGAGCAGAGCGCGAGAGCGACGAUAUAAGUUGCGAAUAACGAACAAUACAAAAUGACAAUAAUUAAUCGAAGGUCUUAAAAAAUGUCUCGAGAAUCGAGACGGGUGAUUCUUUUAUAUACGUAUAAGCUAGCAUAUACGCGUUCACGCGUUUUCUCUCCCGAUUCGUUAAUUGAAAAUCAAAUUCUUUUCGUUUUACGGACAAAGUCCACAGCUUUUCGAAGACCUCACGGUUUAAAAUGGUAGGCGACUAUUCGAAAAAAAAAACACGUGAUAAUUCCGUAAUUCCGUAUUACCGUGGGACAGUUCGCUAAACCCACGCAGCCUUAUUAGGCCUUAUUAAAGUAUUAUCGCAUCACUAUUAAACUUAACCAUUAAAGUAACGGUAAGGCUUAAGGUACUCGAACGAAUAUACGAAAAAAGUGACGGCGAAAAUUGGACGCAGAAAAGUUGAUUUCUCAGACAGAAAUUUAUUUGGAAGAUAAGUCCAACGUUUCGUCGUUCAUUUAGCCAAAAAAAUGAAUUGCGUCCAAGGUAAUGUUAAAAGUUUAAACAAUCGUAUUCUAGUAUCGUUAAGGAAAUUUUCUCCUUGUUCCUUUUUAUCUCUUCUUCCGCAACCUUACUCUAUUGUCCCUUUUUACGACGACUAUCGUUACAUUACUAUUACUAAUAUUAAUAUUUACUGUUACUACCAUUGCUGCUAUGACCACUACUAGUACUACUUCUACUUCUAAUACUAUUACUAUUACUGCUGCUGCUACUACCGCUAUUACUACUUCUAAUACUAUUACCACUUUUACUACUACUAUGCAUUUUUAUUAAAGAUGCUGUUUCUAAUAUUAUAAUAACGAUAAAAAGAAUAAGAAUAAGAAUUGUUAUUAAUACUAUCACCAAUAUUGUUAUUAUUACUACUACUAUCGCUACUGCUGCUACCGCUUUAGUACCACCGUCAUUAAUAAUAAAACAAGAUAAUAAUAUUAAUAAUCGUAUUCUUACUACUAAGACUGCUACUACUAACACAACCACUUUUAUUCUUACACUUGCUACUUCUAACUAUUUUUAUAUUAUAUAGUAAUAAUGUUAAAAUUAAUAUUAAACUGCCUCUGCUUUUAUAGCUAUUAUAGUACUACUAUUAACAGUACUAUCACCUCAAAUGACUCAUCGUCAUUGCUCCUUCAUUUUUCUAUUAACACGUGAAACCAAAAUGGCGGACGACGACGAUGAUCAAUUGCAAAUGGCUACUACUACCACUACUACUACGAUCACAACAAUAAUAGUAGUAAUUGUAAGGGUAACGGUCAUAGUACUAUCACUAACCUCUUCUGCCUCAUCGCCAUCAUUCCUUCAUUUUUCUAUUAACACAUGGUGGAUGACGACGAUGAAUUGCAAAUGGUUACCUAUUACUAAUAGUGCUACUACUACAAUCACAAUAGUAGUAAUUGUAAGGGUAACGGUCAUAGUACUAUCACUAACCUCUUCUGCCUCAUCGUUGUCAUUCCUUCAUUUUUCUAUUAACACAUGGUGGAUGACGACGAUGAAUUGCAAAUGGCUACCUAUUACUAAUAGUGCUACUACUACCACUACUACAUCAGGAUAGUAGUAAUGGUAAGAGUAACAGUAAUAGUGAUAGUAAUAAUUAUAAGAAAUCGACGCGUACCGUUUCAAAGUUUUAGGGGACAGUUCAGCGAGGGAAGAAGAAAGCUUGUAAUCGUCUAGUAGCGAACUUGUAUAUAUGUAUAUGCGCCUUCGUUUAGUAUCUAAGUACGUGUAUCAUGAAGAUGAAACUUCAUCUCAAGGAUUCUCCAAAUAUUGGAACUUCUCCCUCUCUCUGUGCACAUAUUUGCAGCGCAGAUUAAAGUGCCUUAUGACAGUUUACUCGUACUGUAAAGCAAUAUCCAAGACGGUAAGAUUGCAGAAGAACCGAACGAAAGGCAGGAACAGACAGCAGAGGGAGGUUGGCAGAGAGAGGGAGGCUUUGGAUUUACAACUGAGAUUGCAUCAAACUAGAAGUUGAAGAGAAACUAGAAGAGGAAAGAUUAGAAUGAAGUAAGUAUUUUUGAAUUCCUUUCCCAAAGAUUCGAAAGGAGAUGAAUCGGUAUUCGUUGUGUAUGCGCGUACUGCGAGACUGAACGAUUUCGCAGAAAUUCUUAGCGGAGAGAUAGGCACGUAGAUAGAACGUUGACCCUCGAGCGGAAUUGAAUAUGCCGUCGAAAAUUUAUUCGGAGAUUUAGAAACGUAGAUCGACUUGGCGGACUUAUUCUGUGAAGAUAAGGUCGUUCGAGGGUUAAGUGAGAGGACGAUGAAACGGAGAACGCGUCGAUCAAGAUCUGUUGAAGCUCGCGCGAUCGCGAAUCGUUUCGCUAAUUCCUUAGAUAUCUCGAGUUCUACCUUUCUCUUGUACAUAAGCCGCGAAACGUUCAAAAUCGAAUUCCUUUGUAAUUAACACGACUAAGCGUUAAACUAAGCGUUAAGCGUAAGCGAGCGUACAUCUGUAAUUAUUCCUACGAUGAACGUGCUUUAGCCAAUGUCGGAGCGUGUGUUACCGAUUUAUGCGCAUUAUUAUUAUUGUUAAUGAUAUACAAUUGUAUUUACUUUUAUAAAAUAAUAUCGAACAUUGUAAUUAAAAUUCUAUACCGAAACUACUGUGUAUCCAGACGAGAGACGAAUAAAUAAAACGAUCAGAACGAUU